UACAAAAUAGCAGUAAUGUGUCCACUAUUGUUCUGCAUAUUGUUUGCCACAACAUCAGCACAGUUGCUUACAACAGAUAAGAAAUUUGAAAAUCCACUGACAGUUGUUUGUGCCAACCAGUCAUCGGACCAAGAAAUGAACAAUUUGAGACAGCAGUUGAAUCAAGAAACUACAAUAAGAUUGUCGCUUACGAAACAAGUGUAUUCCUUGGUGGAUGAUAUGAUAACAAUGAAAAAACACAUGGCGAUAAUGGAAGCCAAAGUACAAGAAAUGGAGAAGAAAGAUGGUGAACUAGAUCAGUAUUUGAAGAUGAACAAUACUGACGAUGAGAUUUCAACGCAGAUUAGAAAGAUACAGAAAGAUCUUCUUAAUUUGUCUUCAACUGUGGACGCCGUUUGCAGUGACACCUCUAUGGAUAAAAGAGCCGUUGUAUUCAAUGCAGCCAUCAGCAAAACAUUAGAUCUCCAACGCAACACUCCAGUCAAUGUUGUGUAUGACACAGUUUUAUAUCAAAUUGGCAAUGCCUACAAUCCACUGAAUGGUUUCUUCACGGCACCCUCUGGUGGUCUUUAUGUCUUUUCGUGGACAACUUUGGUUGCAGCUCGUAAAAUAUUUGAUGCAGAACUUUUGGUAAACGGCAAGAGAAAGGGCUUGGGAAACUGUAAUAAUGAAGGCAAUCCAAGCUACGAAAACUGUGCCAACACCAUUCCUCUUGUUCUUGAAUUGGGAGACGAAGUCAAUAUACGUACGACUACCGCAAAUUACGCCCAUGGUUAUCAUUGGUCAAGCUUCAAAGGUUGGAAAAUUUGGUAAAACCAAAACGUUUUUAAUUCUCGGAAUUAUUCAUUUGAAAAUAUUCUGCAUAUUUUGGACAGAUAGUAUUUUGCUGACUGAGCAUUUCAAAGGAAACUUUUCUUGGGAUAGAAAAAUAUUAUAAUUUUUUUCCAGUGUUUUCCCAACCUUGUGUCCAUCAUUCAGAUUAUUUAUAAAGUUUCCUUCCGGAAGAAACAAAGGAUUUUACUUGAUUGUCUUUUCCUGCAUGAAUAUGUUUAAAUGUGUUUCAAAAAAUCGUGACCGGGCCAUCCAUUUCAAACACUUGAUUAUUAUAUGCUUGACCCUUAGUUAUCGUGUUGCACUGUAACAACCAUUAGUGAUACAAAAUCUU